GCUUCCGGCUUCUGCCUCCCUCUUUUCCUCUGCAUCGGGACGCAGCCAUGGUGAACGUCCCGAAGACCCGCAGGACCUACUGCAAGAAGUGCAAGAAGCACCAACCCCACAAAGUUACCCAGUACAAGAAGGGAAAGGACUCCCUCUAUGCACAGGGUAAGAGGAGAUACGACAGAAAGCAGAGCGGGUAUGGUGGUCAGACGAAGCCAAUCUUCCGCAAAAAGGCUAAGACGACAAAGAAAAUUGUGUUGAGGCUUGAGUGUGUGGAGCCCAACUGCAGAUCCAAGAGAAUGCUGGCCAUCAAGAGAUGCAAGCACUUCGAGUUGGGUGGUGACAAGAAGAGAAAGGGCCAGGUCAUCCAGUUCUAAACUGUGGUCCCGUCUUCUGGAUGAAGUUGUCACUAUUUUCAAUAAAUUUAUCAAAACAGA